GGACAGACCCAUAUAAUGGGCCUCCCGUGGCUCAGCACACAGAGUGUUUCUGCCUCCCCCAGAGUUCCUGAGACUGGACCCCAGCACCGCCCCAAGCGUCAGACGCCCAGGAUCAUGCGGGCACAGCACAGGUUCCUCUUGCUCACGGCAGCUGCGGUUCUGCUCCUGGCCAUUGUGGUGGCAGAUGAGCCCCUGAGCUCCCCAAGUCCCACGUCCCCCGCAGGCAGCCAGACAACAGAGCCCAUGGCAAACUCAGAGCCCAUCAUCUCCGGUAAAUCGGAGGCCUCGGGAGAAAGUGAGAUCGGAACUCCUGCAGAUCCCAUGACCACAGAGGUGGCCCCCGUGAGCUUUGCAGGGGCCGAUCGCGCCCACACUGAUGAGGUCAACGGGGACAUGAUGCUCAACAGUGAUGCCUCCAACCUCGGAUCCUUCAGCUUGGACCCGCUGCCCGGAGACACCCAGAGUGGUCCCGCCAUGGAUGUUCCUGCUCAUUCCCACGAGUCCCAAGAAAGCUUGGACCAUGAAGUGGAUUCAGAGGAGACCCUCGCCUCCCAAGAGGCAUGUGAGGAGCGCUGCUGCCUCCUCCUCCUCCCCCCCUUGCUGAAGGCCCUGAGAUGCCCCAGUGGACAGCCGUCGCCCGCCUGCUCCUGCGCUGCCGACUGAGCCUUUGCUUCCUCCUGCAGACUCCCCUCUCUCCACCCCCUUGUGCUUUUCACGCCACCUCUCCUGCCACGGCUGGCCACAGGAUACGCUUGGGGGUGGGGGAGCAGGAGGUGCCGCCCCCGGUCCGCACUGAGCCCCCCAGCCUCCUCCUCUUCUCCAGCCAUGCCCACCGGCCUGAGCUGCUCCUCGGACACAGAGGCUCAAGGACUGGGGCUUUUUCUAGAGCCUUGGAGUUGAAAGGGACCCCAGGGCCAUGCAGCCUGACUCUUGUGCUCAAACGCAGAAACCUGCCCACUGCCCCAGGUGUGCCAGGCUGCAAGGGGCACAAGCCAAAGCUCCAGUCAGCGAGCCAAGCCACACGCUGCCUGCCUGUGCACAGGAACCCAAAUGAAGGUGUCCUAGAGGAAAAGGCCUCUCCCUGCCCGCUGCCAAGCAACAAAGCCUGGCCAUUAGCAAGAGCAAAACCUGGGACAGCAGCUUUGACCCGCUGCUCUCUGGUGUCCUGCUUCCAGCUGCUUCCAGCUGCAGGAGCCUCCUCCCCAGGCUUCGCUUCCGGAUCCUAGGCAGCUAGUCCCAGCCGCGUGUUGUGUCUCAGGGUACCCCAGGUCCCUCUCACCCCAGCCUUCAGGGGUCUUGGUUGCCUUCUUGGCCAGCCCAAGCAAGUUUCUAGCCAGAGCUUUCUGUGGCCUUUGGGCCACUGGUGGGGUGUGAGAACGUGUCCCAGAAUGGAAGGUGAGGCCCCGAGAAGCGGAGGGAGAGCCAAGAGAGCAGUGUCCAGUUGUCUGGGAGCCUGGAGUAGCUCGCAGAACAGAGGGGUUUCCUGCUGUGUCUGCACAAGGACCCAUAACUGGCCAGCAAUGAGCUAGGCAGUCCGGGGGCCACUGGUAUGCCAUUUGCUGUGCAAGCAGAAACUCCCAGAUAGCCUCUCUAGGAAGGGCUGAGAUUCCCUCUGGUAUCCAGGAGAGCUGCUGCCAGCCUGUGCGGGAAAUACUGAGCUAGGUAGAGCAACCGUCUGACUCAGCAGAAGGCAGCUUCCUAGAUUGCUGGGUGGUAGGCUGGCUGGCUGGCAGCAGUGCCAGUCUUUGAUUCCUGCCCCAGAAUUGGGGGGGGGGGGAGAAGCACUUAGGACUAGACCAGGUGUUUGGGGCUACAACUCUCAACUGCCCCUGCCAGGCAGGAGAGGUAGUCCAAACCCUCUGGAGGGCACCAGUUUGGCAAAGGCUGAGCUGCUGGGUCAACUCUUCCAGUCCCACGAGAUGCGUGGCAAGGCAGAAGGGGUUCUGCCACCAGCUCCACCCCCUUCCCCAGCUGGAUUGUGACCAGGCAGGCGGCAGGGCGGAGGAGCCCCGUCCCAAUUCCGAGACUUGGAUUUCUGAGGGCAGUGCCCACCUUGAGGCAGCGCCUGGGUGCUGGCCAGGAGUCAGGCUGCUGUGUGUGUUUGGUUUGGGGAGGGGGCUGCUGUUCCCAAGGGGUCGUGUGGCUAGCCAGUGCCUCGCCAGCCUUUUCCCUCUGGCCCUGGGGGUUGGGGUGCCUUUUCUGUUGCUGUCCUGACCUGCUCUUGCCGUACUGUGUCCUGCUCACGCACGCAGGUGUGGUCCUGCCUCCUUGUUCAAUAAAGACAAGCAAACCAC